CCAAUUGAUUCAUUCUCAUCUUCCUCCACCACUACGACCCGCGUCCCGCAAUGGCAGACGAUGGUGGCCCUUCAAACGCCAUUGCGAGCUCAAGUCGCAAUUCCUUGGACCACUUCUGGUCACAAGCUGCCUCAGAUGCGCAUCCACGCAUCAGCCAAAUCCGUCGGCGUCUGCCACACUUCCCCUCAGCCCCUCUGCGGAUCCAACGCGUCUCCCAACUGGACGCCGAGCUGCUUGACGAAGAGCUCCUCACCCUCCUCUUUGAGCCUGUCAAGACAUCGCUUGCUCAGAUCAAGAAUACGUUGCCCGAUCGGAUAGAGCCCGAACUGCUCGCGCUACUCAAGCUCGUCUUGUUCAAGUACAGCGUCUGGGACAAUGGUGCAAGUUACGGAGCCAUGCUGCAGAACUUGCGGUACAGAAAUGAAUGGGCGCAUCGUGGUGGCUUGCAGUCCACUUUCCUCUCUGCACCGCUGUCCAAGGUCCAGCUGGCUUUAUACCCUCUCUUGACCAUCGGAGUCCCCUAUGCAUACGCCCGUCUCUCGAGACAUAUGACCUCUCUUUCCUUCUCGUCAAUGCCGGCGAACGACCCGCGACGCCUUCUCUGGUCUAUGGUGGACAAGCUACAACGCUUGCACGAGGGUCUCGCUCUCGUCAACUUUGCGGCUUUUUUGUCGGAUGGCAAAUACCGCACCAUCACUGACCGAAUGCUGGGGAUGCGCCUUACCUACGCGGAACGGACGCUCAAUCGCAACGUCUCAUUCGAGUUCCUCAACCGACAACUCGUAUGGCAUGCAUUCACAGAGUUUCUCCUCUUCCUUCUGCCCAUCAUCCGACCCAAGCGCUUGCUCAGGAGGCUACUGAGGUUGCCGACCCACCCGCGGAUCCUCGCCUUUUGGCUCGCCGUCUUGCCACGAUGGUUUGCGGCGCGAGUCGGCCUGUACAGGGAUGCCAUCUCUGGUCGACCGAGAUAUCGUUUGCCCUUUCGCCUACCCACCUCCGCGAGCAAAGGCGAUGCCUCGUCGAAGGGAGCGGGCAAGUACUCCCACCUGCCGGAAGGUAUCUGCCCCAUCUGCUGGCAACGAGUGGAAUCGGAAACGUCCUCGACCUCCCCUGUUGGGUCAUCUUUGGGAAACGUCGGCAUCCCUUCCUCUGAUCCUCUUGAUCCCUCAUCCAGCGCUCUAGCCCCAUCGACCUCACAACAGAAUACUCUAGCCUCCUCAAACGCCUCUGCCACUCGACGGGAGUACCACAACGCUUCCCGCUCUUUCGGUGUGAGCAACGACGGAGUGCCAUAUGCAAAUGCCCUGCUACACAAUGCGUAUAGGGCCAAGCCUUGUGGGUGCGAGUAUUGCUACGUGUGCCUGGCGGAGAAGCUCUUGAGUGAGGAGGCAGGAGAGGAAUUGGAAGACUCCAUGGCGGCUGCGGAUCGGGGGAUCGGGGCGUGGGAUUGCUUGCGAUGUGGCGCAAAGGUGAGGGGAAUGGAGAGGGUCGUUGCGAUUGAUGACAACGACGACGAGGAAAAGGCGCCUGAGAGGCCGACGGCAAGACGCAGAAGAUCGUCAUCGUCGUCGUCAUCAUCGUCUUCGCGGUCCUCCUCAUCGUCCUCAUCGACCACGCCCUCAUCAACAGCCUCACGCGAGGCCAUGCGUGAGAAAGCGGCAGCAGCGGCCUCUGCGAGAAGAGCGCCGCCAGAGCCGGUGGACGACGAUGGUGAUGAUGACGAUGCAGAGCUGGACAUUGGCGAGCUCACGAGAUAG